AAACGAAAAAUGCUAAUACUAUUUCAACAAAAAGUCAAAAACAGGUUUAGUUUUUGAUACAAUCAUCAUCAUGGAGCAUAAUGCUACUUCUAUACCUAAGGAAGAUAGAGAUAACAAGUUUCUAAUAAAAGCUGUUGAAGAAGCAUACAAAGGUGUUGAAUGUGGCGAUGGACGACCAUUUGGCGCAGUCAUUGUUCAAAAUGAUGAAGUUGUUGUUAGCUGUCAUAAUAUGGUUUUAAGAAACAAAGAUCCUACAGCUCAUGCUGAGGUUACUGCUAUAAGAGAGGCUUGUCAAAAGCUGGAUCAAAUUUACCUUACUCACUGUGAAAUCUAUGCUUCUUGUGAGCCUUGUCCAAUGUGCUUUGGUGCCAUUAAUCUUUCAAAAAUUAAGGCAAGCCUUCAACCUCUCUCAAUUUCUCUUCACAUCACACAUUUCUCUAACCUCUCUUAAAUUGAUCACAUAUUUGUUUCAUUCACAUCAAGCAGAGAUUGGUUUACGGAGCGAAAGCAGAAGCUGCAGUAGCUAUCGGAUUUGAUAGUUACAUCGCUGAUGCACAGAAGGACACUAGUUCUCAUCAGAAGCCUCAGCUGGAGAUCAAAAAGAUAGAUGGUACUGCAGCUGCAAUUGCGGAACAAGUAUUUGAGAAGACAAAGGGAAAAUAUGCUCUCUACUGAUUACAAUAAAAACGCACUUUCUAUUGCUAUGACAUUACAAAAUGAUCAUUGAUAUGUUUCUGAUUCAUGUAAUAUAUGAUACAAAAGAUUACACAAUUUGGAACUACGCUACUAUUUUUUGUCGCGACUAAUCGAAACCUAUGUAUUGAAGAAAUCAUAAGCUGUUUGUGCACAUCAGAGAAGAGUAAAACCUUAGUCAACCUAAGCUAGACCUCAAACCCUCCAACCUAGCCUUGAUCUGACCCUGCAACAACUCCAACCGAUUCAAAUACACCUCUAACUCCAAAAUCCUCCGU